GCUGUUAUGUUUCUACUUCUUUUCCUUCUAUCGGCAAGUCCCAUUCCCGGUGCUUGUUUUCGCCGUCUCCUUCACUCCAAAACGGCCAGUUUAAACCAAACAGAAAAGUUGUACGGAUGCUAUGAGUUUACAGCAAAGUUGAAAUGGCAAAAUGACGGUUUGUUUCAACAAUUCUCUUGUGACGGAAGACAUUCCUCUGAAUCCACACUCUAUUGGAAGUUCCAUGACCGCAAUCUGAACGCAAAGCAGCGAAAUAAGCUCUCGUGUACAAAACGUAGUCGCUGUACCCUAGCCCUAUAUCCUCAUUAUGUUGAUACCGUCGGUAAAUAUUCUUGCUGCGUUUCAAGAUGUGGCCGCUUCGUCUGUUUUCCCAAGACAAUUUCAGUUGAAAAUCUAACUGUGGUCGUUCCUAACACUUUUAUGAUCGGAUCUCAAGUGCCAGUUGAUAUAGAAUUAUCUUCUGAUCAACCUGACAAUACAACUGUUCAGAUUGACCUCGUUACUACGAGCAACAACUGGGUCUACACAAUGGCAAGAAACGUCAGUCUGCAGAAACACAUCCUGCUGAAUAUUACUACUGAGCUGCCUCUUAAAGUGGAGAUAACAAGUAACUACCGAUUGAGACUUCUCUCUAGUGAUCACAAAUAUGAAGGAUAUUCCAAUGAAUUUCAAUUCACUUUUACAGCAAUCAAAGUUGACACACCAGUGUACAAAAACGGGAGCGUCAUAAACACGUCAACUAUUCACACUGGACAAACCUAUUGGUUGGCAUUUGAUUAUAAUCACUCCAACGUCUAUAUGAAAGGAGUAUCCAUGUUUCUGGUGACUGCAGAAUACGGAUUCUAUGUGGAGCAUAUUGGAACCUUCAAUGCUGUAGCUGAUCGUCGUCCAGCCACCAAUCUGUGGUCACCACAAAAUAACACCGGGAGUUUCUACGUGAUAGCUAUAGAUAAUGGGUCAACAUUGGCAACUGGAGGCAGUCAGAUGAUUGAGAUUCUGCCAAGCACUGACAGUAAAUCGCCACUCUUUUAUCAAAGACCGGGCAUACAGUAUGCUAUAGCAGCCACAACUCUGCUGUUCUUAGCUCUUGCUAUGAUCCUCAACAUAAAACUCAAGCACAGGCAUUCUUUCUAUACUGACAAAAGCCGAUUGCCAAACUUCAACUUCAGCCAUCAGUUUGAGACAGCAAACGCAGCAAAAAUGUGA